ACCGUGGUUUCCAGGGAAACUGGAAAUGUGAAGCUUUUCAGUAGACACAGCCACAGCUUAAAGAGGGAGGACUGCCUAAGAUAGAUUCUUCUAGAGACAAACCUGUAGCCACUGCAAUCACUAUCAAUCAACAGGGGAGGUAAACGGACAGAUGUGGGUCCUGAUCAACGUUGAGAUUUGCUAUGACUGACCCAAAUUUGAGAGACAGUUAUGGAGCGACUUCAGUCUGACCUAAAGUUCUGAGGUAUUUCAACACUUAAAUGCAGAAUGGGAAGUCUUAAGGAUGAGAUGAGAGGUCUCAGAGAGGACCACAAGCCUUGUGAGAAGGCAGAUGAUGGAGAGUGUCCAGGCAGCUCAGAUGUCAGUGCUGUGCCUGAGGGAUCUCAGAUUAACACGAGUCAAGAGUCAACAAGCCAAGGGGGCUAUGAGCCAGAACUUCACAUGAAUGCCAGCUACGAUGAAGAGACAGACAAGAAUCCAGUAUCCAAGCGUCAAGAGCUUUUAGGAGGGCUUUGUGACAACACUGACCAAUCAGACUAUCCUGGAGUUAAAGACUCCAUGCAGACUGCUGCUAUCCCUGUGGUACAACAACCUGAAGCUGAGAAAACAACAGCAGCUACACAUGACACAACAAUCUCUAACAGGUUCCUGAGUGAUGGAGGGGAAGAUGGUGAAAUUCAGGGGGAAACAUCUGAGGAUAAAAACAUGGAUCAUGGCCAAGAUAAAGAAGCAGAAAUUGAGAAUAUCUUGGUGCCCGUACCAUCAACUCCAGGCCUCUCUGAUCCGUGUUCCCCAGCUCCUGCUGGCCAGCACCACAUGCGCACACAGGUCAGCCUUGAGGUGGUCCAGUGUCACUCCGCAGCCACCAGCCCCAUGACUCCUCCUGAGGGCGGACACUCUUUCUUCUUCCCAAGCUCUUUUGGGAGAUUUGGAGCUGUAGCUGCUAACACGAAAGAUGCUGAGCUACAGGUGGGUCAGCAGUUGGAGUACUGCUCUGUUGCCACAUCCCCCAUGACCCCAAAGACUCCAUCGACCACAGCUUUCCCAGAGCUUAUUGGUAGGGAGAUGGUGCAGAAGGAGAAUGUGAAAAAAGAUGAGGGACAGAGAGAAAGUGACCCCUUGGCAAAAAGACCAAUAGAGGCUAAGUCAGAGAUAACUGGAGAUUCGAAAUUUACCACAUCAAAAGAGCUGAGUGAAGCCUUCAGCUGCAGCGUGUCUCCAGAGAGUCUUUCCACUUGCCCUGCCACCGUUGGGUUAAUAUAUUCACAAGUAAAUCUGGAGGAUAGCAAUCAGCAAUGCAAGCAGCCAAGGAUGGGAAGUAUGGAUCAAGACAUUACAAUCAUGGUAACUCACUAUAACAACAAUGAUGAAGAAGAGUCAUAUUUGUAUCCCAUAGAACCAGAAAUGGUCAAAAUAGAUGAAUAUGAGGAACUCGGAGGAAGCAGCAGUGAAGUGAAGAAGGAGGACGGAAAGGAAAAUAUCCACAAAGAAUAUGCUGUUCCUGAUGAUGCACCAGACAACUCAAGCACAAAGUCUCCACAAAGAACAACUGAAGAAGCCUCUGUUUCUGCUUGUGAUGAAGCAAAAACAGGGGUGAAAUGUGAAAAUUCUGACGUAAAAGAAAACAGUGGUGGAAGUGAAGAACUUAGAGAUGUUUCCGUGAUGAAGCAUCCAGUCCCUGAAUCUCCAGCUCCCUUUGGGUGCCACAACAUCCGCACACAAGUGAGCCUAGAGGUGGUACAGUGUCAGUCUGCAGCUACCAGCCCCAUGACCCCUCCUGAGGGUGACCAAGCCUUCUACUUCCCCAGCGGGAGGUCUACCACUGUGAGUGCAGCGACCAAAGACGUAGAGCUGCAGGUGGGUCAGCAGGUGGAGUUUCGCUCUGUCGCUACUGCACCUAUGACGCCAAGAACUCCCACCACCACAGUUUUUCCUGAGAUAAGGAAGGAAACUAGUAUAGAGGAGAGAAUAGUGGAGGAGGAAGAGGACAAAAAGGAGCAGUGUGUGUUGGUGGACAAAGAAGAAGAAGUAGUGAAGGAGCAGGAGAAAGCCACUAAAGAGAAAGAGGUGGCAGCAGCUGAAGAGGACACAAAGGAAGAAAGAAAUUGUAAGGAGAAAGGCGAGGAGCCGGUACAGGAGGUGAGCUGGGAUGAAAAGGGGAUGACGUGGGAGGUGUAUGGGGCUGUGGUGGAGGUGACUGUCCUGGGCUCAGCCAUCCAGAAACACCUGGAGAAGCAGGUCAAAAAGAGGCAGCCCUCCAUGCCGCCCCCACCCCCACUCAACCCCUCAGCCAUGCCCCUGUCUUCAGAGUGUACCCAGGAGGGUUCAGGACAGGGCCGGGCGGGUAAGAGGAGAGAGCGGGAUGGGGAGGUGAGCCGACGCAGAAGAAACCCCUUCCGCCUGAUAAUGGAGAAUAUGCAGCAGCCACAUUGUUGCUCCAAGGCCCAUACCACAGAGUGACGUAAGAAAUGUAAAAGAAAAAAAUCCUGUGCUGAAAAAUCACAUGACAUCUGAUGUAUGUGGCAGUGAUACAGAGGAUUUCACUGGGCUACUUCAGUGUGGCAUUGUCUUGAGAAGCAGGAGACCUCCUCACAGGAGACAAAGAAGCACAAAAGCAAUUAAUAUACAACUACAACUACUAAUAUGGAGCGCUGGUCACUGAGAAU